CGAUUCCUCCGCCAUCUUAUCGUUCGUUCUCACCCUUGUGACGAAAGGUUCGUUCGUUUAGUCGCGUUUUGCCUCGGCGAAAAAAUGCGACACGACAAACACGCAAAGUGUGAGUAAAACGAACAGACCUUUCCGACAACUUCAUGUGUCAUUCGAAGAGAUUUUAGCGCCACUGGUGGGCGACUCUGGGUACUCCCUGGUGCUUGAAGGUGUAAUUUUGCUGUCGCUUACAAACACGCCGUACAUUAGGCUGUAAUUUUUUUUAUAUUUUACACUCCACGUUAUGCUCAUACGCAUUGAAGUACAGUUGACAGGAAAAAAAUAAAUACGUCGUGUAACACUUACGGAAUAUAAAAGGAAUGGCAACUAUGGGUGAGCCUCUCACUUUAGCGAGAGAUGUCAAAAGGUCUAUAGAGUUAUUAGACAAAUUACAAAAGGGUGGGGAGGUUCCCACGACAAAGUUAGCAGCAUUGCAGAAAGUGUUGCAAAGUGAUUUUCUUAGUGCAGUACGAGAGGUAUAUGAGCAUGUAUAUGAGACUGUUGACAUUCAGGGUUCACAGGAUGUGCGUGCAUCCGCUACUGCAAAAGCAACUGUUGCUGCUUUUGCUGCCAGUGAAGGUCAUGCACAUCCACGAGUAGUAGAAUUGCCAAAAACCGAGGAAGGACUUGGUUUCAAUGUAAUGGGAGGUAAAGAACAAAACUCACCAAUUUAUAUAUCUCGCAUUAUUCCUGGUGGAGUUGCUGAUAGACAUGGUGGUUUAAAACGUGGAGAUCAACUUUUAUCUGUCAACGGAGUGUGCGUUGAAGGUGAAAAUCAUGAAAAAGCUGUAGAAUUACUGAAGCAGGCGCAAAAUUCUGUGAAACUGGUGGUUCGAUACACUCCACGUGUUCUAGAAGAGAUGGAACUCCGUUUUGAUAAACAGAGGGCUGCUCGUAGACGCCAACAUAUGCAAUAAAUAAGAUAGGUGCAAAAUACUUCAUUAUAUCCAGCAAAUAACUAUCAAUUAUUGUAUUCACAUGUAUCAACUGUGUAUACUAUACAGUUAUGAUUAGACUCAGAGAUAUAUCAUUUUAAUAUGAUUGUAUUCAUGUUUCCCCUAUUCAUCAAUAAAUAUAUCUCAUCUCUGUUCA